UGGAAAAAAGGAAAAGGAGAAAGCACCUGAGAAUCAAGGGGGAAGGAGAUGGCGAAGUUGGAGGCGAUUCAGAGUGAGGAGAAAGAAGAAGCAAAGCAGCCAUUGAAGAAGACGGCGAAGAAAGAAUCAUUGGGAUGGAUAGAAUGGCUACGUGGCUGGUUCUAUUUGGUAUACGAGAUGCUUUUCCAAAGGAUAUUGGCUAGUCACUUGCACAACCCUAUGCCUCUCCCUCCUAUUAAUGACCUCACUUGCAUCGUCACUGGUUCUACCAGUGGUAUUGGCCGUGAAAUCGCUCGGCAGUUGGCGGAAGCAGGAGCUCAUGUGGUUAUGGCUGUUAGAAGCACAAAUCGUGCGCAGGAAUUAAUACGAAAAUGGCAGGAAGAUUGGUCUGGCAAGGGCCUUCCACUCAACAUUGAGGUCAUGGAGCUUGAUCUUCUCUCGUUGGAUUCUGUUGCACGAUUUGCAGAAGCAUGGAAUGCCCGCAUGGCACCAUUACAUGUUCUCAUCAACAAUGCUGGCAUAUUUUCGAUUGGAGAACCACAGAAGUUUUCAAAAGAUGGGUAUGAAGAGCACAUGCAAGUGAAUCAUCUAGCUCCGGCUAUGCUUUCCAUAUUGCUUUUACCAUCACUUAUUAGAAGUUCUCCAAGCCGAAUUAUUAACGUGAACUCUACCAUGCACUAUGUUGGGUUUGUCGAUCCAGAAGAUAUGAAUGUUGUAUCCGGAAAGAGAAAGUACACCAGUGUAGUGGGAUAUGGGGGCAGCAAGCUUGCUCAGGUUAUGUUCAGUAGCGUCCUUCAUAAGAGGCUCCCUGCUGAAGCUGGCAUAAGUGUAGUAUGUAAUACUCCUGGAAUUGUUCUAACCAAUGUUGCGAGGGAUCUUCCUCAGUUUUUGCAAGUUGGUUAUCGUCUAAUACCCUACUUUAUAUUCAAUGCUGAAGAAGGCUCUCGAAGUACCUUGUUUGCAGCUACAGAUCCUCAAAUUUCCGAGUACUGUGAAAUGCUGAAAGCAGAUGACUGGCCAGUGUGUGCAUACAUUUCCCACGAUUGUCGGCCAACAAAUGCUUCUGAAGAAGCCCAUAAUGUUGAAACUUCUAACAAAGUCUGGGAGAAGACGCUGGAAUUGGUUGGUCUUCCUUCAGAUGCAGUAGAGAGGCUUAUAGAAGGGGAAGAAAUUACAUGCCGAUAUGGAAAUUCCCCGGAGUAACUCCUUCACCGCUGAUGAGAUGUAUGCUUAAUCUAUUGCUUAGUGCCUGGACUGUGGUUCAGACAGCAUCUACUAUCCACAGGAUUUGGCACUCGACAAAGUUGUCAUACCUCCAAUUCUCUUCUCUUGACCUGUUUCAGAAUUCAAAGGAACAAAUGAGCACGAGUAGAAACCUGUAUUGCAUGAUAGAAAUUUUUGGCUUUUGCUUAUGUUUUACGUGUAAAAUUGACAGCCGGAGCUAUCUUCUAACUCAGCUUCUAGACAUGUAACCUAUGACAUUUCAAGUGGCACGGAGUUCAUGUGUUCUUCGCGUGAAGCCUGAUGAAGGUCUGGGUACGUGUUCUUAAGCGGGAUCCGUUUCCCCAUGUCCAAAGUGCGCACUCUCCUUUUAUAGUUUGGUGUGUUAAUUCUUGUGUGCAACAUACAAAAGUGAAAAACUCUUUUACCGCAUGAAUAUGUUCCAACGUGUCCAUUACAUGUUGUAAAGGGGCAACCUUA